AAAGUGAACUCUGUGCUAUCUCUACCUGUUCCUCCCUCUACUCUAUACCUACUCCUCCUCCGCGUGUAAUGAAAUUGAAUUGGUGAAGUUAGGUUAGAGAAGCUUCUGAUGGCUCCCCUUACACUCUCUGUUGAUGUGAAGAGCUCUUCAUCCACUGCUCCCGAUGUUUCGAGUAGGGUAGUGCAGAUUCCACAGAUCAAAAAGAGCAAAGGCUUUGCUUCAGUCAAUACGCAAGACGAAAACCCUUUUGAUUUCUUCCGCACUCUCUUUGAGGGAUUUAUAGCAGGAGGUACGGCUGGAGUUGUAGUUGAAACAGCUUUAUACCCUAUUGAUACUAUAAAGACUAGACUUCAGGCAACUCGUGGAGGUGGGAAGAUUGUGUUGAAGGGUCUCUAUUCAGGAUUAGCUGGAAAUAUCGCUGGUGUCUUACCGGCUUCGGCUUUAUUUGUGGGAGUUUAUGAACCCACAAAGCAGAAACUGCUUAAGACCUUUCCUGAUCAUUUAAGCGCAGUUGCUCACUUGACUGCAGGGGCUAUCGGUGGACUUGCUGCCUCUCUGAUUCGAGUGCCUACAGAGGUUGUGAAGCAGAGAAUGCAGACUGGACAGUUUGCAUCAGCUCCCAACGCUGUUCGAGUUAUUGCAUCACAAGAGGGCUUCAGGGGUCUCUAUGCAGGAUACCGAUCCUUCCUAUUGAGAGAUUUGCCGUUUGAUGCUAUUCAGUUCUGCAUUUAUGAGCAGCUAUGCUUGGGGUAUAAAAAAGCAGCGCGUAGAGAGCUUAAUGAUCCUGAGAACGCUCUCAUUGGUGCAUUUGCUGGUGCUCUGACAGGAGCUGUCACCACUCCGCUUGAUGUUAUUAAGACAAGAUUAAUGGUUCAGGGAUCAGCUAAACAAUAUCAAGGAAUAGUAGACUGUGUUCAAACAAUUGUAAGAGAGGAAGGAGCUUCUGCUCUCUUAAAGGGUAUAGGGCCAAGAGUGUUGUGGAUAGGUAUUGGUGGUUCAAUCUUCUUUGGUGUCCUUGAGAGCACGAAGAGAACACUUGCAGAGAGACGUCCCAAGACGGUUAAAGAAUCGAAAGAGGAUUGAGUUUCUUGCACACUAUUCUUGAGGACUAUAAAAAUGGUUGAAAGGUGAUACUGUUGGACAUUCAACCGAGCCCCUUUGUGUGAGUUCUAUGUGAUCAGACUGUGAAUCAUGAUCAUUUCAACUUUCUUUCCCCAGAUAAAAUAAAGUGGCAAAAUAUCAAAUUCGAUGUUAUUAAA